UUUAGAGUAGGCUAAACAUGUGCCUCGCUUGUAGCCUGUGGCCGUAUGAAUAUGAACGUGGGAACAAAGGCAACGUAUGGUUAGUGUAAAGACUAGGCUAUACAUGUGCUGUAAUACUUUCGUUAUACAAUCAAUGAGGCUAUCAGAGUUCAUGCUAGGGAGACAUGAAAGCAACUAGGUAUGAAAACAUAAUCACAUUUUUUAACGUGUUCUUAUAUGAAAAGGUAAAAAAUAAUGCAGCAAGAAGCCAAAUAAUAACCCGAACACAUCGACAGGCGAGUCCACGGCCAACACAAGAAAACGGACAGUGUCUUCAUCGUGGUGGCCGCGUGCGUGCUGUAGCCUGUCAUUCUCAUAUUAUUAAUCGUUUUCUCUAAGAUCUCGUGUUCUCCAACGCUCUAAUAAACACAGUAUUGAGGCUCAGUGUUCCUGGUGCUACGGAACUUCUUCACAGCACUCACGAGAGGAGGCAGGCCGAAGGGCAAUACACAAACAGCCCCCGCCCUAAAAUCGCUGCUCCCGAAAAGAUGAGAGGUGGAUCGCAUAGUGGAUGCUCCAAUACGCCUGGAGAGGUGUCUUGAUACUCGCCGGUCAUCUUAAGACACUGGUGAACCUCAUGAGAGGAUGAUGAAGGGACCAAGAUGAGUCGAGAUGGGACCAGGCGAUGCGUCCAUUGGCCAGGCCGAGUCACCAGCCAGGUGUUCUGCUCCCUCGAGACUUUACUCUCUUGACCUCUCCGGCUCGCACUUGAAGCGACACACGCCUGAAAGACACCGACUAACGAAGACGAGGGAGCGACACCACUUCGCGGAAAAGAGCAUGAAUAUUUGUCAUGAUUCUUGCGACCAGAGAGGAAGGAGAGAACAUUUGCACGCCACGACAUUAGCGUAAUACAACUGCUUGCUACUCACCGCUUGAAGGCGCCGCAGAAGUGACGACGGGAGAGGAAGAUGAGGCGGCGAAGUGGAUACCUGCUAAACCACGCGAACACACGCACACACGCACACGCACUCAACAAUAAUUACUACAACUACUACAGCAUCCAGGACGAAGAGUGCUCUACACACACCCUCGGAGGCAAGGCUACUCAGAACCCUUGUCCUCGCGCAUUUCCCUCUCUCUCGCCCGGCCCCCGCUGCUCGUGGGGGUCGUGGAGCGCCGCUGAGUACCGAGUCACCGCCGCGUCAUCGCUGAGUCUCCGCGUCCUCUGAGUCCCGCUGAAUGAGGAGCAAGUGAUGUUUACCAACCGCCGGAGGCUCCCCAGGGCCAGACGACGGGGUUCCCACACUCCUCGUUUCCUCAGUCUGGUGCACAUGUCCGCGGCGCCGCUGUGACAUUUGUCCGUUUCAUCGGGUCUGUCAACACAACGAUGACCACAAGACACCAAGACAACCUCAACAACUCUAUGACUGCCUCGGCGCACCCCAACACUUCAGGGAAGCAAAAUGAAGAGGAUCCCCCACUUGACCUCAGGUUGAUGUGGACAAGUCACAUGGAGGUACUGAAGAAGGUGAUGCAGACACUGCGGCAUAAGGAACUCUUUGCUGAUGCCACAUUAAUAUGUGGAGAGAAGCAGUUUGCAGUUCACCAGUUUGUCCUGAGUACAUGUAGUCUGUACCUAGAGAACCUAUUCAAGAGCAUCCCUGGUGAGCACCCAGUGCUGAUGCUGCCUGACACUCCACCCAAGGCCAUGGAGAAACUUCUGGACUUCAUGUACCUUGGGCAGGCAGAUUUAACUCAAGAUGACUUUGAUCAGCUCCUAGACCUUGCUGAGGAACUUAGAAUCAUAGGACUGAUACAGACCAACUAUGAUGCUGAGAACCAGAGAUGGAGUCUUUCACUAGACAAAGAUGGCAGAAAGGACAAAGUGAAUGCUAGUAAAGACAAAGGAGGAGCCACUUUUGAUGGCACAUCUAAGAUUACAAGCAAAAAGGUUUCUCAAGACCCCAGUAAAGGUGCCAUGAAGAAGUAUACAAAAGCAAAGACCAAAGAAUCAAAGAAAAUUAAAGAUAAAGGUGAAAAUAUUGUAAAGAAAUCAAUAGAGAUUGAAGAUAAUACAAAAGAUGACCAAGUAACAAGUUGUUUAUUAUCUUGCUCAGAGUGCCCAUUCAGAGCACUUUCAGCAUCAGUGAUGACUCAACAUAAAUACAAACAUUCUCUUGGAAAGCCAUACAAAUGCCCCUACUGCCAUGUUCGACACUCAGUGGAAGAACUCCACAUUGCACACCAGAAACGAAUUCAUCCCAAAUCAGAGGUUGUCGUCAAUAAGUGUAUCAAUGCGGGACUUGGAGAGUCUGAGGGAAGCAUAAACUCAUCUUCGUGGACAUCAGAAUGUGUUUCUCUUUCAUCCUGCCCAUCAAGUAUCCAACAAACCUGCAAAAAUUAUAAAGUUGCCCCAUCAGAGACACCACUAACAAGUGCUUGCACUGAAGCAAAUGACUCUAAUAUUGCAAAAGUUAUCCCUGAGAACUACAUGUCUGCAGUACAAACAGAACUCACACUGCAAUCCCUGAGACAGACAAAAUCAAAACCACUCAUUUUGCCAUCACCAGAUUGUCGUAUUCUAUCAGCCUUGUUACAAUCACCAAGUAGAACUCAGAAAACUGGCAAAAGACACAGGGAUUGCAUUCCACAUGAAGAUGAAAAUACUAAACGGCAUUGCUUACGGCAGUCAUCCACUUCUACAACAGUGAAUAUUUCUGAAACUAGUUCAGAAACUACUCACCAAAAAAGUGUCAUUGGACUCAAAAGGAACCUCAGACCCAGGAAGAGAUAGUGGCUAACACUGGUGCUAAGAAUCCCUGGAUUUUGUCAGGCCACCUUUGGAAUCUGCCCCUGGCAACUUGGCUGUUUUGCUAAAACUGAAGUAUAAAAGGUGGAACGUCAUAGCAAGCCUACAUGCAAACUCCAUUCCCAUCUUUAGCAUCAAUCAGUUAUUCUGACCAUGAACUUUUAAGCAUCUAUUUAUUUUCCUUUACUCAGGGCUACAGAUGAUGAUGUAAGAAUGAUGCGUGUGAAACAUUCCAUAUGGCGAUCUAGCUGGAAGUUCCCAGACUAAACAACUACCUUGCCAGUUUGUAUGUACCAUUCCAAUUAACACUUAUACCAAAAAUAAUUAUGUUUUAUACUUCAUCUCAAUUAUCCCAAUUUUCCAGAGGAUUUUUAUUCCUGAUUGUAAAAUUUCAUACAAAUUGGUAAAGAUAGUCUAUACUGGUAAGAGACCCCAAUUCAGUCACCUGGAGCAAUGGCUAACAAUACACAAGCACCUCAGUAAUCCUGCCUGAUUUGUCUGAGAUUAUUUCCUAAAGCACAGUCAUCCUUCACAAGUAAUAUUUCACAGCCCAAAACCUCAAAUUUCAACUUGUACUGAAGAAAACAAGUUGUCUUCCUUAUAUGU